UCGUCGUCCGCAAAAGCCGUGCGUUCACCCCGUGCCGCGACGACAACAGGGCGUCGUUCGUUCUGGUGCGAGCGCCGGGAGUCCGCCGGGGGUUUCACUGUCAAACUUCCCUCGUACCAGCGGGUCGAACCGAUCGAACCGGUCGGGUACGCGGCCGGGUACGCGGAGUUCGAAUCCUGGUGGCAGUCCGCGCGGGGAAGCCGGGACCCCAGGCGGACUGAUUUGUGCCGCGUGAAGACGAUAUUAUUCCGUGCUUGGCUCGCGGCGAUCGACGCCCGCGAUCAGCGGCACGUUUCUACCUACCGUCGUGCACCACCACGUGGCUACCUACCGUCGAACGUGGCGAUCCUAUCGCGACGCAGCACACACCUGGGGUCUCCAUCAGGUUUGGUAGUCGCCGUGUCGCGUGUCUCUGCCCAGGAUUUACGCGAAGACCGUGAAGAUACGAAAACGGGCGAAAGACCUUGCGGUUGGGGUUUGCCACGGGGCUGUGGUUAUUCACGAGGUUGGGUAUCGACGAGGCAGGCAUCCGCGCUAAGGGAAACUUGCUCAAAGCGCGUCACUUUUGGAACGGUGAAAAGUUCACGCUCGAGGAACAGUUUGGCCGGACAGAUUUCGCAUAUGACUGAUCUCGUAUCUCAACGAGAAGAAAAUCGUUACCGUAAAGAACGUCACGUUCCUUGAACUAGAAAGAACAUCCGGAAAUUAUCGGAUCAAAGUCGUAAAUUCACUUGAGCGAGGUCACAGAAUUGGACGUAAAAUUCACGCAGAUGUUACGCAGAUGUGAAAUCGUUCGGUAUUGGAUACAAUUAAUAUAAGUGUCCAUCAUCGAAGUUACAUAUUGGAGGUUAUCGAGGCGAGUUUCAUGUGCUAUCGGAAGUGGGUGGAUCUGCUAGAUAAUGACGCGAGGAGCCUUGUGAAGUGAGAUAUAAGAUCAUCAAGGUUUUGUGAAGUGACGACAAAAGUAAGCGCCAGUGUUGUCAGUGAAUAGAGUUUCGACCAUUAGGUCUGUCUUCUCGAUUCAGGAAUUGUCCACGCGGUCAACUUAUUUUGGAUUACCCUGUAUAAACGUCGUGGAUUCGCGCCCUUCGUCGGUACGGCGAGCACGUGAAUCGUCCCUUAAAGCGAGAAUCGAUCGGACCGCUUGCGUUACAAAACUUCGUGGACUGAUAAAUUGGAUUGGAUGCAAAGUUCGUGCAAAAAUAUGCAGAAGCUGGAUAGACAUGCAAACUUUAUUAUUAGUGACAACGGGCACAUUAAUGAAGCGGUGCUUUCGUGAAGUUGAUAGAAUCGGGACAUUUUCCUCUUCCUUACCAAGUUAACGGCUAAUUGAGAUCGAGGUCGCUAACAAACGAAAACAAAAAGUUUGCCUUUAGAAAGUUCUGAAAAGAUAUCACAAGACAACUAAAUCAAAAGAUGUAUAAAGAAGUGUGGAUGGAAGAUCAAAGUCAGGUUACCGUCAUAUAUAACGUUUGGAAAAAUUUACAUAUAGCCACAGUGUUUUCAUUCAUUAUCAAGAUAAUCAAAAGUCUACGUUUAUAAAAAUAUUAGUAAUAUAUCGACCACAAAUAUAUACAGAAGCGUACGUAUACGAUGUCUUAACCUGAGAAAGGAUGAAGACCGUCACUAUUGAAAGAACGACCUGUUUUAGACUGCCAUCCUGAAAAGUACUCUUAUAACGGGCAAAGUGAGAUUGAAGAAAGGAGGAUAACUCCCGUAUGUAACGACAUUGUAUGAAGCACCAAGUGUUUACGGAAGAGUGCGUGGAGAAACAAGAAAGAGAAACGCUUCACCGCUACAAUCUCGUUUUGUCGUAGAAAGGAUAAGCGAUCGAAUCAACAGCAACAAGGAAUAUUAGCAGAUUCGGCGAUUCCCUCUCUCUUUUAUUGAUUAUUUCCUGUUAUCCUUUAAGUAACAACAUAUAAAAACAAAUACCACCAAUUACCUCAUAAUUAUUAUUUUAUGAGAGGCAAAAUAAAAUAGAAUAUUAAUUAAAAAAUCAAUUGAUAACUACCUCCCUUUCCUUCUAAGCAAUAGACGAAUAAUUCCGUAUUUAAUAUUUCAAAAAAUAAGAAUAAUCUAAAAACCGUUCAAACAAUCAAAAAUUUCUCACAAUAUAAAAAAUAUUAAUAAAAUAGCUUAUACAUGCCUCAAAUUGAAUUAGCACAAAUAAAAAGACAUAAGAAGUGACAACGUUCAAACUAACGUUUAGAUCAUCCUUUCGGCAACGUUGCUCACUAAGUCGUCACAGUGUGCGGAUUGGGGCGAAUUCUCGGCUACAUCGGCGGAAAACCGUCGGUGGGGGCCACCAACAUGUCGCAGUCCGGAUCAGGUGGACUGAGCGACGCUCAAGGACAAACCCAGGCUGGACAAACAACGGACAGUCAACAAACAACUUGCCAGAACGGUCGUGUUGAGCCACUUGCUGACACCUCGAAGCAGGACAUAACCAAUGGUUUCGAAAAUCGAACGUUGGAUUACGAGAGAUUUACCCAAGAAAGGACACAGCAUACUUUAGUUGGGCAAGUGCAAGAUCAACAGCUAGUUUCACAUCAACAGCAACAACAACAACAAAUUGCUCAUCCGAUAGCGCAAUAUCCAGGAAGAAAGCAAACUAUAGGAUUACCAGAAGAUAAACAUCCCUCAACGGGUCAACUGCCACAAUUGCAAUACGGUCCAGACAAAAAUAACGCAGACAGGACUCACGUGUCUCAGACCAGCACUCAGACGGUACCGGUGCAAGUACAACCACAAUUUGCACCUGAUUACGAUCAAAAUCAAUAUCCGCAGAUACGAGGACAAUUUGAGGUCAGGUCACAGAUCUACCCACAAACGCAAUAUUCCGAUAGAGCUGGUUAUGUGACAAGAGACGUUACUUAUCGUGACCCGAAUCUCUACGGUCAGAGUGGCACGACCAAUCCGAUAUUUACCGGACAAGGUCAAUAUGUAACGGUUCAACACGGAUCACAGAUACCUUCGCAAUCUGCCAGUCCGCAACCACCUUAUUAUUCGGGUGUAGUGGUGCCAUCGGCUGGCUACGCUCAAUUUGGCUCCCAACCACAAUAUCCUUAUAGUCAAUACCCUCAAACAGUUAUGAACGCCGUGCCGUACAAUCCGCACCCUAGUAUUUAUCCGGCUCAGCAAUAUCCCAGUCAACAGUCACCAAAUCCGCAGAGAUUUUCUCAAGAGAUAGGCCAGUAUCAAACCCAACCAAUCAUUCAGCCGAUCGCUCAGAACGUGACCCACGGAAUCGCUAUCCAGACGGAACGACCUUGUCGAGGACCGAAACCGAUGGUACCACCUCGUGGCAAUUCCAAAAUCACUACCCAUGAUCCUGGACACAGAAAAUCUGCCAGCGUUGACGUGCCGGCAGUACAAAAGGCAAAAUAUGAGCCAAAUCCUACUGCCCAACAGGAUUCGGUUCAUCGUAGCGAUGGUGCCAUUAUUAUGACAAACGCGGCAGUUGGCCCGGAUGGUCCAGAGAGAAGAUAUUUAGCAUCAAUUAAUCAAAAUCCUAGGACGAGACAAGAUGGCCUAUAUGUGGACACUAAUGGUGAACAAACAGGCAGAGAAAAACUAGUCGACGCAAUCGCUAACGAAUGCGGUUUGUACGUGUCUAGAUCGGAGCAUAGAAAAUCCAUAUCUGUCGACGUGACUACCAGCUUCCAAAGACGUAAUGAUACGAUAACUUUUACUUUUCCCGGUGAUGGCAAUCAAGAGAUUAUGUCGGGAAGGAAACCUACGACUGUAGUAGACACGAAGAGACUCGAGACUAAUCAGAUGUUUCCCGCCGAGCAAAGAAGACUGGAUACCAGUCUGCGUGUAUCGCCAAUGGCGUUUGAUACAAGACAAGAAAACAGAAAGAGCAUAGCAACCGAUAGAAAGCCCGAAUGGGGUAAUGUGAGUCCGAAUCAAAGGAACGUUAUUCCACCAGAGAACAGACGCUCGGAUUAUUUUGAGGAGCACCGAAGAUCACCCAUGAAUUUGGAAGGCAAAAGAAUGGAGGACGUAAGGAGGUCACCUAUGCCAUUUGUGCCGAUUCGCGAUACGUCUAUUGAUCGCGCCGGACAAAAGAGUCCAUCUUUCCUUAGUCAAAACUUCGAGAAGACUAGACAAGAAUUAGCAAUCUGGGCAGAGCAACGUCAACGGCAAGAACACGAAAGAAAUAUCCAAGGUCCGAUAUUUACGACAAGCCCUCGUUCUCGUAAUCCGUCAGAGGAAAGAAGAGACGUCAGACCGAUUCAUCCGUCGGAUGAUCGCAAAGAAUCUAGAAUGUCUCAAUCGGCCUUUCAACCUCUUCCGAAUAUUAGUCAGAGCACCAUAAUGGAGCAACGCAGACAUCUCAGACACGUUAGUGCUGAUCUGACAAAACAUAUGGAACUGUCAAGAAAAGAUUUCGACGAACAACCCAUUACAGGUUCUGUAGUUAAUCUUGGUUCGGGGGUCAGUGCUGCUUCAUCACAGAGAGCCAGUCCAAAUCUUUGUCAUCAAUAUCCAGCUCUCAGCGAGGCAAAAUUGGAUACAAAAACCGUAUUGACUGUAGUAACUGAUUUUGGCGAGACCAAUACUACCAGCAAACCAAUUGAUCAAAUUGAUCAUAUAAUCCACAGUCACCGUAAAAGUCACAAUAUCUCAUCUAACUUGCUCACUCAUAGUAAAAGUCAAACAGAGAAUUUACAGAAUACAUUGGAGAAUCAGGUUGAGAAAAUAGACUCUCUUAAUGCUCAACAACAGCAAUUACAAAAUCAACAGAGCCUUGAUUUAAUUUCUGAAAAGCUAAGCCAGUUCGAACGUCAGCAGAGCGACCUUCAAGCGAGGUUACAAUGUCUUCAGAAUCAAAACCAAAUUCUGGAUAAAGUGGCGCAGUUUCAGAAUCAACAGAGCGAUUUUCAAGCUCGAUUACAAAGUUUACAGAAUCAAAGUCAAUUGAAUGAUAAGACUCAUAAGAUAUCCAGCGAUUUUGCGCAACUUCCUUUGGCAAGUGAUAACCAUCAAGCGAGUUCUCUUUCAAAUCAUCAAGAACAGUCAUCAGAUAAAUCUUGCUCAGCUCAUCCACACGGUCUUCAUCAGACACUUCUGACCACGUAUCCACAGAACGCCACCCUUCAAGCUUGCCAAUCGUCCGCAUGCGAGAAACUGACGUCCCGCGUGCAGCACGACAUUUCCGAUCCAAAUUCCAUUCAGAUACCGAACAUGUCGCAAAUGCCGUUACCAUGCCUUCCGCAAUUCGAUCGUGCCGACGUGUCGCGUACUUCGUUUUCCCAGUUUCAUCGACUUCAGUGCCAGAUCGAAAGCCAUGAGAGUGCUUCAGCGACGAGUGCCAGUCUGCCUGCCAGCUCCUUCACUGGUACAUUAAAGAAGAUACCACCGGAGAAACCACCACGGACAUCCUUGAUAGUUCAGUCACCAGAAGCUGAGAGUAACCGCAGCCAACCAGCCAUUGGUCUGAAACAGACACCGAAGGCGCGGCCAACCAUUUUUGGAACAGUAGCCUCGGACCUGACUCCUAAAGAUGGGAACAGCCGAAAGAGCUUACCGCAAACACCAGCCGGUGGUGCUGGUGGAAAAGCAAGCGGGAGUGCCGGUUCGAGCGCUGGAAUGGUCAAUGGUGCCGAUCAUGAAAGCAUCCGGGAUGGUGCUGGCAUAGAUACAGAGCUCGCUUUGGUGUACCGAGAUGGCAACCUCGUCUCAGGCUCACUCGAAGCGUUAGUGCAGCAUAUGGUGCCUACGGAGGAAUAUUAUCCCGAUCGGGCGUAUCUUUUUGCCUUUUUACUGAGCGCCAGGCUCUUCAUCAAGCCACACGAGCUUUUGGGUGAAGUUUGCGCUCUCUGCGAGCAUCAGCAGAAUCUGAAUGGAGAGGGCGGUAAGGAACGACUGCAUCGUUUCGUGCCGCGGCUGGUGCAGCUGCUGGCGGAAUGGACGGAAACAUUCCCAUACGACUUCCGGGAUGAGAGGGUGAUGGGCCACGUUAGGUCCAUCACGCAGAAAGUCGCCGCGGUCGACGCCGCGGCCAGGCAGGAAGUUUCGGCGCUGCUGCAAAACUUGCUGGUACGACUGACGGCUCUGGAAAGGUACGAGGAAGGCCUGGCCAGACUGGCGACCGAGGCAGCGACGGAGCAGCUUACACAGGUGGAUAUCACGGAACUUUGUCCAUCAGCCACUGUACUGGCACAGCAACUGACUCAUGUGGAACUUGAAAGACUCUCUUACAUCGGGCCCGAGGAAUUUGUGCAGGCUUUCGCCAAAGAAUCGCCGCACUUAGAAACGUCUUUUAAAGACAUGAAGAAAACCCGGAAUCUGGAAUCAUAUGUUCAGUGGUUCAAUAGAUUAAGCUACUUCGUAGCGACGGAAGUUUGCAAGCAUCAGAAGAAAAAGCAACGCGUUCGUGUCGUCGAAUACUGGAUCGAAACUGCUCGAGAAUGUUUCAACAUUGGUAACUUCAAUUCUUUGAUGGCGAUCAUCGCUGGCCUCAACAUGUCCCCGAUAUCUCGCUUGAAAAAGACGUGGUCAAAGGUACAAUCUGCCAAGUUUUCGAUUUUGGAGCAUCAAAUGGAUCCCAGCAGCAAUUUCAGUAGCUAUCGUAGCACGUUGAAGGCCGCAAUGUGGCGUAGCGCUGGCGCUACAGAUGAACGCCAGCGGAUUGUAGUGCCCUUCUUCAGUCUUCUCGUAAAGGAUCUAUAUUUCCUCAACGAGGGUUGCAGUAACAAAUUGCCAAAUGGUCACAUCAACUUUGAGAAGUUCUGGCAGUUAGCGAAACAGGUAACCGAAUUUAUCGCGUGGAAACAAGUUGCCUGUCCGUUCGAGAAGAAUCCACGCGUCAUUGCCUUCCUCCAAGCGAGCCCUGUACUCACGGAAAACGCACUUGCAUUAGCAUCUUUCGAUUGCGAACCACCCGAUAAUAAUCCGGAAAAAGAACGUUAUAAAGCUUUAAAGUCCGAGAAUGCCCAGUGAAAGAGAGCUAUGCUGAAACAUGUUGAAUGGGAACGAUAUUGAUAAAAAUAUAUAUGAAGAUACAUUUAUAAAUAUUAAUAUAUUCGUAAUCGUAGCUAGUUUAUGCGCAAGAAUGAUAAGAAGAGAAAUGAAGUGUGUGGAUGGAAGACUAAAAGUAUUACUGAGGCAACUUACGUGAAAUUAAGUAUUUCUGUCUUGCGAAUUUAUGCAUCGUCAAAAAGUUCUCAAGGACGAUUUGGUAUUAUCAAGAGUAUUAUCUGAUCGAUCAGAAUAACUGCACUAAUUUUUCUAUUGCACUUCUUUUAUUAUGUAUCGUAUUUAAUCAAGAAAAAAGGAAAGGAAAAAAAGGAUAACUGAUUAGAAACAUUAAAUUCUUAAUUGAAUGCAAACUACUUACAGCUGUUUGCAAAUAUCAGAUUAUCAUGAAGAAACAUUAUUUCUGCAGCGCAGCCAUGAAUUUCAUUUAAAAUUUAUAAUCAACAAGACUGUGUGCUAAUCAAUUGAUAGCAUCUAAUUAAUAUUAAAAUGCUAAUUGUCAAUAAAUCGAUCGAUUUUGAUCAAUAUUCGUGCAUGGAAAACACCAAGUCUGAAGUUUCGAACAUCUUGGUGACCAAAAGUCUUCAUAGUCAACAGGGCGCGAAUUAUAGAGUUUAAGGACGCCUCGAGGACGACUAUGAAAUUCGCUCGACAAUGUCGCGUAGUCGUAAGUAUAGUUCCUAAGCCUUCGGCUCGUCGAUACCUUUUCUCUCGAGCGGGAACCGAACCUCGCGAUCCUCUUCAUAUUUCCAGACAAAUCUACGGUGUGACGACCCGGAAAUCCCUCGGAUCCGCUCGAAAGAGACGCAAUCGGCGCGUUCAACCUUUUGUACAUAGUCCUUUUGAUAUACACUAACUCCUAGAUGUGAGAGAUAGGGUCGUUCCUGUAGAGUAUAAGUCUGCGCGCGAUAUAUAAGUUUCGAGAGAUAUAACGUAAGGAUCGUCGUGCACGUACUUAAGAGGGUGAAGAAAUUAAUUACGAGGGCGGUCAGGCGAGGCAAGGAAAAAUAAGAAAA